ACGACAGCAAUUGCCGAGGGCAUACCUACAGAUGUCGUAAUUCAGCGAUUUGCAGACAAGAUAUUGGUCAUGAUCACGCAGUUGGGAAAGGUUGGAACUUUGAUCGAGGCAUCUAUCCCAGACGCUACACUUUCGAUACCACCUCCAGCUCCCUCAACCGACUCGUCUGAAAUACUGCUUCCACCGCCUCCACCUUCCAUCCACCUUACACCUCUGCUUGGGAGCGCGCCAUCCGAGCACCUGCAGACCUUGCAUUCACUCUAUGCGGCACAAGUGGCUACUCUUGUGUGGACGUCAAAUGCAGAAGGCAUGAUGGGUGGUGAUAGACGAGCAGUCAUCGUGGGCAUAGCUUUACGUCCACUCCCCGGAGCUGGUGACGAGGGUUCGCCCAGCGAACGCGAGCGACAGGUGUUCCAUGGCGUUAUGGCUGCGGUUCGGAGUCUUCUGUUACCGAAAUAAUAGGCAGGAUCACACAUUUGCCAGGUAAUCAGGUGCAGGUUCUACAGUUUAUGCUCUCUUUGCUUCAGCAACUACGGCUCUCAACGCGCUCUCGUCUGUCUUGUGUUUCUCCUCUUCUUCCCUCCUCCACUUCUGUUGCUUCCAUUUCACGAGUUCUACCAAACGGUCACGUUCUGCGGGUGCGGUGCGCGGAUUGUUCUCAUACAGAUAAUACGCGAAUACACCAGUGAACACGCCUAGCAGC